CCGUGGUGCUCAGACCCAAGGUCCCCACCGCUCCAUGGACACUCCCAGCCCAGACCCGCUGCCUUCGCCUCUGCCCGGGGAGGAGGAGAGACCUUUGGCUGGACUCCCGCAGGUGCCCAAGGGCCACCACCGCCGCCACCCUCCGGGCCGAGCCACCUCAUCCGGGCGCGUGCUCAGGGCCUCGCGCCCUCGAAAGCGGGGCCGGCCCCCCAAGUCCGGGCCGGAACCCGCGCGGGCGCAGGGGCCGCCAGCGCCCGGGGACGGCGGCGGCCUCCUGCUGAUCGAUGACCAGGGUGUGCCUUACACGGUGUCUGCGGGGGACGCGGCGGGCGUGCCCGCUGGCUCUGGGCCCAGCCGAGCCCCGCACUUCUGCCCGGUGUGCCUGCGGGCCUUCCCCUACCUCUCCGACCUGGAGCGCCACAGCAUCUCGCACUCAGAGCUGAAGCCUCACGAGUGCAAAGACUGCGGCAAGGCCUUCAAGCGGUCAAGCCACCUGCGGCGGCACAGCAACAUCCACGCGGGCCUACGGCCCUUCCGCUGCGCGCUGUGCCCGCGCCGCUUCCGCGAGGCCGGGGAGCUGGCACACCACCAGCGCGUGCAUUCCGGGGAGCGCCCAUACCAGUGCCCGCUGUGCCGCCUGCGCUUCACCGAGGCUAACACGCUCCGCCGCCACUACAAACGCAAACACCCCGAGCUAGCAGGAGUGCCCGUGCGCCUGUGCCCGCCGGACCCCAGACCCGCGCUGCCCUGGGGCGAGGAGGGCGUCCCUGCAGCAGCCGACGCCAGCCUGCCGGGCGAAGGCCCCAAGGCCGAGCACCCUGCCUGACCUGCACCCCCGUGACGGCUUGCUGGUGCUGGCCAGGGCUCGGAGGCCCGCACACCCCACUCUGGGGCGGGGCCUGCUCUUCAGGGACACGUGGCCUUCGGCUGGGCCUCUCCCACAGA